AGAACAUUCUCAUACAUGUCGACUACUAGUAUCCUACGGCCCAACGCAACGUUUAGGCUUUAGCGUGACUGAAAAUUGACAUUUUCUGUUCAAGUUGACAAUAACCAUGGCAACAGAAGAGCAGACGAAUACGCAGCCCCUCAUGAAGGAUAUAUCAGGGGAUCUGGAUGACUUGGAAGCAACAGAGAUUGAAAGUUUGUGUGUCAACUGCAUGGAAAACGGGACAACAAAGCUGCUUCUCACCAGGAUUCCCUUCUUCAAAUCAGUGAUAAUCAGCUCCUUUGAUUGUCCUCAUUGCCACUCCUCUAACUGUGAGAUCCAGCCAGCCAGUGCCCUUCAGCCUCAGGGCUGCAUCUACGACGUAGAGAUCAAGACAGAUAAGGAUAUGAACAGACAAGUUGUGAAGUCAAACUCUGCUUCGGUACGCAUUCCAGAACUGGACUUUGAAAUUCCUGGAUUCACACAAAAAGGAUCUCUCACAACGGUGGAAGGUGUAUUUCAGAGAGCUAUAGAAGGACUUGAACAGGAACAACCAUUGCGAAGGGCGCUGCAACCUGAAGUGGCUGAACAAAUUGAUGCUUUUAUCGAGAAGUUAAAAAACAUCCCCAAGCCAUUUCAUGUGAUCUUGAAUGAUCCGGCAGGAAAUAGCUUCAUUGAGAAUCCCUUGGCACCUAAACAAGACCCUGCCAUGAGGGUCAGUUAUUAUGAACGAACCAAGGAACAGCUUCAGCAGCUUGGAUAUGCGGAUGGUAGUGAGGAAGAUUCGGCUGGAGAUGCACCCCAAUCAGGAGAUACACCCAAGGAUGCCGCUACCACGAACGAUGAUGACGACGUUGUCGCUCCUGAAGAGGUGUUUGAAUUUGCCGUCAACUGCAGCAACUGUGAAGCUCCAGCCGUGUGUCGGAUGAAGCCAAUCAGCAUUCCGUUCUUCAAGGAAGUGAUCAUCAUGGCGAUGAGCUGCGAUGCCUGUAACACCAAGACGAAUGAGAUCAAAUCUGGAGGGGGCAUAGAGGAUAAAGGUCGCAAGAUCACACUCAAAAUGACAGAUAUCAGUGACCUCAGCAGAGAUGUGUUAAGGUCAGGAACAUGCCUGUUUGAAAUUCCAGAAUUUGAUUUUCUGCACGACCCUAUAGCAGGCCAGAGCGGUAAAUUUACAACUGUAGAGGGCCUCCUAGUGGAUGUUAAGAACAUGCUUCAGAGGCAGAAUCCCCUCGCUUUCGGAGACAGCGCAGUACCAAGACAAAAUGCAUUUGCACAAUUUUUUGAGAAAAUGGACAAGGUUAUCAAGGGAGAAUUGUUUGUGACUAUUAUCUUGACGGAUCCUGCAGGCAACAGCUAUUUACAGAACGUGUAUGCCCCGGAGAGUGACCCUGAGAUGACGAUCGAGGAUUACGAGAGGACAGAGGAAGAGAACGACUUCCUCGGUUUGACGCACAUGAAGACAGAAAACUACGGCGAGGAGGAAUAUACUGAGCAAAAUGCAGAAGAAUCAUAGCCUUUGGAGCUUCUAGUGUAUACUAGCUAGCAAUUGAAAUAUGUGUAAUAUUACCUUGUAUUCUCUCUUUCUUUCUUUCCUUUUUAUUUUCAUCCCUUUCUCUUUCUUAACUUGUUUGGUGGUGGUGAUUUUUUUACCUGAUUGCUAAGAAAGCAUGAAUGCUUGUAAGCAAGCAACCAGAGGACCGACGGCUUAAGGUCCCCCACGAAGGACCUGGUACUGAAGAUUAAUGCCUUACCAAAGGGCACUAGCGCACCAAGUGGGAAUCGAACCCGGGUCACCGGAAUACGAGUCCCCCGCUCUACCGACUGAGCUAUCGCGCCUCCUCAACUGUAUAUUAUAUAUAUUUAUAUAUAAUGUCAUGUACUUAGAGGUAAUGGUUGGCUAGAGGAUGAUAAUUACGAUAUUUAGGGAGAUUGGGCCUAGCGGCUCUCUCCAAAAGUAUGUUUUUGAAAGGCUUCUUUAAUAGCAUACAUUCAAAUAAAGUGGAAUAGGAUGAUUAAACUCAGAGCUCCGCCGCUGAAGUCUGAGAUGGGAACCUCAGAUUUUGCAUGCAUAUUCAUAUAUUACGAAGGAAAUGCAUUGUGUCUCGCUCAUACAUGCUCUCUCAACAACAUCAAAAAUCUUGCCAUUUUCAAUCUGCUUUUUGCAAAGCCAUCAUAUUUUUUUUUGUGUGGAAAAGAACUUGGAAUCCAGGGGAGCAUUUCGUGAAAGGACAUGUCAGACGUUUUAUCCGACAAGUCCCAUUUUAUCCGACAGUUACCAUAGUAACAGUGCUUCUAAGCCAAUCAGAAUCAAGGAGCGAUGUCAGAUCUGCCAACUUGUCGGACAAAAAUGUUGAUGAAACGCCCCCCCCCUGAUUUGAUGGAUGGAAUCUUCUAAAUAAUAGACCAAAGAAUUGAUGGAAGUAGAAAUAUUUGUUUUUGUUGUUGGGUGCUUUUCCAAUUAUUUUGCAACGGUUUACCCUUGAGACUUGACCCUAUCCACACACUAGCUAGGCUCCAUUGCUGCUCGCUGUGUUAAUGAAACAGUAGAAAAGUGCACUAAAUGUGAAAUCAGUAGAGGUUACAUGGAUGGGUUUCAUAUAGCAGUGGUUCAGUUUACCCUAAGGUACCUGAGACCACACUAUUAUGGAGUGCCAUUCGCCUUCUUAUUUAUUUAGACAAAUUAAUUCAAUUGUGUGGUGAAAGGCUGUUUCAAGAUAAAAAUUUGCCCUGAAAGAGAAGGAAUGGGAUGGUAUGAUAAUAUAUUUCAACUAAUUAUAUGCUGUUUUCUUUGACAAGAAUAAUAGUAAGGUGUAAGAUUAUUAAUCAUGGCAUUCCAUAGAAGCAUGGACUAAUAUUCUCGCUAAUUCCGGAGUUAUACCCGGAUGUUAUUUGCAGAAUGUGUUUGUGUUUUGAAUGAGUGAUAUCAUGAAAUGAUUAUGAAAUUAUACAAUAUGAUAACCUUUUC